AUGUGCCCGCCCCAAGCCCAGGCGGAGGUGGCCCUCACCAUGACGGAGAAGGCUGAGAUGGUGUGUGCCCCCAGCCCAGUGCCUGCACCACUGCCCAAGCCUGCCUCACCUGGGCCCCCAAAGGCAGAGGAGGUGGGCCACCAAGGCGACUCACCCCCCAGGCUGCCCCCUGGCGUCCCGGUGAUCAGCUUGGGUCACACCAGGCCCCCAGGGGCGGCCAUGGCCAGCACAGAGCAGAGUGCCCUUCGGCCCCCACUGCUGCAAUUCUCCGCCCUGGGAAGUGCCCCAACCCCUCUGGCCCUGCAUUACCACCCUCACCCCUUCCUCAACAGCCUCUACAUUGGGCCGGCAGGGCCUUUUAGCAUCUUCCCGAGCAGCCGGCUGAAGCGGAGACCGAGCCACGGUGAGCUGGAGCUGGCGGAGGGGCAACAGCCCCAGAAGGUGGCCCGCCGUGUGUUCACCAACAGUCGCGAGCGCUGGCGGCAGCAGAACGUGAACGGCGCCUUCGCGGAGCUCAGGAAGCUGCUGCCCACGCACCCGCCCGACCGGAAGCUGAGCAAGAACGAGGUGCUCCGCCUGGCCAUGAAGUACAUCGGCUUCCUGGUGCGGCUGCUGCGGGACCAGGCGGCCGCGCUGGCCGCGGGCUCGGCCCCGCCCGGGCCCCGGACACGGCCGGCGCAGCACCGAGGCCCGGAGGACGGCGCCCGCCGCGGGCCUUGCCACCCGGCCGAGGCGGUGGGGCGUUUGCAGCCCGCAGCCCCGGCCUGCCCCGGCGGCGGCAGCCCCGUCGGGGCGGCCCGCCCCAUCAAGACGGAACAAGCGGCUGUGAGCCCGGAGGUGCGGUGA